AUGGCAAGCAAUCGGUCGACAAGUUAUGCGAAUUCUAUUGAUUAUGCAUCGGUUCUGGAUUCCAACUUUCAGCAAUUAAAUUCGUUACCAAUUUUUGAUAUUGAUUUCCUGGAUCAUAAAGAUGAUUGGUACCUCUUAUGUUUUUUAAAAGAGCAACAACGUAAUGGUCAUUCUUAUGAAAUGACAUUAGCUGCUUUGAGUGCGAUCGUUGGUGCAUUAUCUGAUCAAUCGUAUUAUUAUAAUCCUGUUAAUAAAAGCAUCGGUUUUUUAAAUCAAAAUCACCAUUUAUUAGGUGAAAGUGCAUCCAAUAAAAGUUCAAUUUGUCAUGAAGUGUCGGCAGCUUUACAAAGCGUCAUUAACUCAUUUCCUGAUCGAUAUUCCUCUUCGAAACAAAAUUCAAACAAGGAAGAAGUUACUAAUGAUGGUGGCGUUCAUAUCGAUAAAAACAAAAACAAACCACAAACAUCGGAAUAUUCUUUGAUGGUUUCAAAUGCAACAGAAGUAGCAUUGCUUGCAAAUCUAUCGAAAAUCAACACCAUCUUAUUACAUUCGGAUGGAGAUGUUGCACUUGGUAAACUAGGUUAUUAUGAUCAAAGUAAACCUGACACAGCCUCAGGUGUAAGUUUGUUUUGUGAUGCGUCCGAUGGUAUUCGCGGUGGUUUUAUCCGAGGAACUGGCGUUACACAAAUUAAAAUCAAUAGACCAGUAGCACGAUUCAAUAUGUUUGUUGCGAGUACUGGUACGAAAUUGACUUCAAUGCUUCAACGUUUUCAUGAAGCUCGAGUUCAGGAUGGUGUCUUUGGACGUGUCUUUUAUACAUGGUGCCCAGCUAUUGAUGAAUUACCAAAAAUUAAAUCAAAAUCGUUCACAAAUAUUGCUUCAUUUUCUCAUGUUUCUCAUGCAGUUGCUUAUCUUUUUAAAAACCAAUUUCAAUUUCGUUACAUGGCACAUAAAUCUGAUGUUAUGUUGAUUAAUUCGGAAUGUAUUGAUUAUGAAGAACGUCUGAUGAAAGAAUUGGAAAAGCAAAAUGUCACAGCACCACCCACGUAUGCAACUUCUUUGACCGACAAUGAUAUUCGAGGAGAUAACUAUGGCGACGAUGAUGCUUCUUCUUUUAAUCUGUUAACAACCUUUAUUAAUGAUUGGUGGAAAUCAUCAAAUUCUUCAGAAAAACAUUUGAAACCAAUCUUUCGUAAAGUAGUAAGCAUGUUAUCGAAAUGCAUUUGGUCAAUGAAAGUCAUUCGUAUUGUAUUUCGAUUGAUGAGUAAUAACUUAAAGUAUAUUGACCAAAGACAAGGGGAUCGAUCAACAUCCGAUGUGGCUUCGAUCGAUGCAUCAUUUCAGCAUGCAAUGGAACAAUCGAUAAAAACGUUUCUGCUAACUGAAUGCCAACAAAUUAACGACUCGCAAUGGAUUAUUUGGUCGAAUACCUAUGAUGUUACCGUCGGCUUUACUUUAUAUCAACGUAAAAUGUUGGUUGUUGAAAAUUUGCUUACACUCCAAUCAUUGAAUGAUGUAAUUAAUCAACGACUAGGAAAAAAAUCGACUGAAACAUGUGAAAAAGAUUGUAAACUAGAUAGAGCAAAGACGAAAAUAAUGAACUUUCCAGUCGUUUUUUUCACUCGAACGUAUUUGACCAACAAACGGCAAGGUGCAGGAUCCGGACAAUUUUGUCACUCCUCUGAUGUGAAGCCAGAUGAAGUCUUGACUGCUUUAAUGGAUGAUGGGUUGCUGAUCGGUGGAAAAUUCAUCAAAAGAAGUCAUAAUGGUAAAGAAGAUUUACAGCAUUCAUCUUUCUGUAAACAAUUGCCGUCAAUAAUUAAAAACAAUCCUCGUAUUCUACAAGCUUUUGAAAGAUUAAACAUGGAUAUGUUACGUUAUGAAAAAUCAUUUGAACAUCAAUGUUUACCAUUAAACAACGAAUUUACCGACGAAGCUGUCCAAUUCCUGAAAAUCAAUGACCAAUUUGUACAAUACUAUCACAAUUAUUAUAAAGAAGAUCGUCGUUUCGAAUCAUUUCGAAAAAUGGUAGAUGAACGUGUUCGUCUCGGUCAGAUUAUACCAGAUAAAGAUAAUUUAUAUUUAAGUGGCCAUGUUCCUGGCAAGGAUCAACAGAACGAACCUAAUCAAGAGAUCAAUACGACUGAGUUAAACAACACUUCUUCAAACAUCGCGAAGAAUACAACAAAUGAAAUUGAUUUUAUCUAUCAUAUUGAAACCAACAGUGAAAUUACUGCACAAUCGAAAACAGAUCGACAAGUUGAACAAAAUAUUGAAGGAGUUUCAAUCAGUCCGAUUUCAUCAAAUGCUGAUAGUACAACAGAAAGUGAAGGCCAAUUUCCAGCAUUGAAAGAAAUGAACGAAACCACGGCUGAUUCCAAUAUGCAAGUAUUGACAUCACACAGCAAAUCGAAUUCCGUUUGUGACGGCAAUACAUCUGGAUCAUGUCUGGAAUAUUCUUUGCAACAACAUCGUUCUUCUACAUUGGCACCUAGAGCAACAGCAGCUUCAUCAAUUGUUAUUACAGAUGAAUCAACUUCAGUUUCAAAUGAAAAUCAAACUGAUGCGGUGGGUGAGCAGUUUAAUGAAAAUGAACAAUUUGUUUCGAGUAUGAUGAUUGAUGAAUCAGAUAACAAUGGAAUUAAGAAUCAAUCAUCAUCAAUUAACGAUCAAAGUGUAAUACAUAAGCCAUCAUCCUCAAAUGUGAACCUUUUCAAUAACCUUACAAAUACUAUGGAAGUAUCGCCAACAAAUUCCGACGAUCAAGGUGUACAAAAGAAGAGAGGACGUGGACGUCCCAGCUCAACAUACACGUCAUCAACCAAAUGGUCCACAGAAGAGGUCGACAAUCUUAUCAUGAAUCCGAAAUCUUUUCCUUCUAUGUGGAAAUCUAUCAUUCUUAAACGACAAUUUAUUGUGGGCACAUCGACUGAUUUGUUCAAAAUGAUUCCUGCAAGAUUUUUUGACGAACAGUCUAGAUUAAAGAUAAUCGAUUGUCUUACAGUGAAAAAUAUACUGAUUAAAGGCGAUUGGUUUCGUGAUGCAAAAGAUGCCUUUAUUAGUGGAUAUCUCAAAGGCAGUCCAGUUGAUCUUCAAGUGGCAGUUAAUUUAGUCGAAUUUGGUAUUGACAUUCAAGAAUAUAAACUUUCAUUGAAUCCCAAUCGAAACAACAAACGUCUGAUUGAUGGAAAGACGACCAAUCAAUCUUAUUUGUUUAGUGAUGUGUUACAAAAACACAUAAACGGUGACGAGUGGUUUAAAGAGAAUAUUGAAAUUAGUGAACGAUUUGUUUACACCGCGAGCGAAUUAGUUCAAACCACAUCCAAUUAUCAGGUUGAUCAAUUUCGGCAACAACAAAAACAAAAACUCGAACGAUCAUUAACAAACAAACGCAAAAGGAUUGAAGAAUUACAAGAUGAAACUAUGAAUAUAUGUGGAACAGAUAUGCCAAUGAAACGAAAACGAAAACCAAAAGUUCGUGAGGAUUAA